UCGGGCAUCGGCUCGACCAAAUUUGGCCUUCAGCCGCGUCGCGAGUCGCAGUGUUACCGCGACUUUGGGGCAACGAACUGUCAACUGAUCCACCGAUCCUCGGCUGGGAAGCUGCCGAUUUGUUUUGACGUUGCCGAAGCCCGCACCGUGUGACAGCUGUGCACUGCUGUUGCAAACGAGAAGAGCCAGCAACGCAAUGUACGUUUUCGACCGCACGCCCUGGCUGCUGUUGCUCGCGUUCGCCAGCCACUGGAUGCUGGUGCCGCUGGCGACCGCCGACACAAUCGUGCACGAGCCGCCAGAUUCCGGAUUCGAAGGCGACCCGUGCAAACUGCACGAUGGCUCGCUCGGCGUUUGCCGUCCAGCAAACCAGUGCUCCUGGCUGAUGGCGAAAAGUAAAACGCCCGAAGAUCUGAUCACUUGCUCGUUCAACAUGUCGCUUCCGAUCAUAUGCUGUAUGCACGAGUUCGACAACACCCGGACCAUCACCCCGGCGAAGCGCAUCAGUGAGGCACAGUGUGACCAGUUUCCCAAGAGCAGCAACCUGGCGGACCACAUCAUCCACGGUGCCGAUGCGCAGUUCGGCGAGUUUCCGCACAUGGCCGCACUUGCGUACAACGUGUCGAACGCGAUCACCUUCAGCUGCGGCUCGUCGCUCAUCGCGCCUCGCUUCUUGCUGACCGCGGCCCAUUGCGUGACCGGGGUCCUCUUCGCCCGGCUCGGCGUCCUCGAGCUGCAGCCGAAGGUUAUCGUCGACACACCGAUCGACAUUGCGAUCCGGAAUACCACCCGCCACCCGGGCUACAACCCCGUGACGGUCAGCAACGAUAUCGCACUCCUCGAGCUGGAGGAGGAAGUGCCCGCCAAUCUACCGUACGCCCACCCGGCCUGCUUGUUCAUGAACACCACGGGUGAGCUGCUCGGUCCGGACGUGCCACUGUCCGUGCAGGGCUGGGGUUCCGUACAGGUGGGCGACACCAAUCAACCGCGGCUGCAGAAAGCAACGGUGAACCUUGUCGACAGGGAGGCCUGUCAGCGCAAGCAGGUGCCAAACCGCCGCAACAGGGACGGGCUGCAUCCGACGCAAAUCUGUGCGCUCGGGCGUGACACCAACGAUACCAUCGCCGACACCUGCGUCGGGGAUUCCGGUGGUCCGCUCGAGCUGAUAGUCGACGGGCGCCACUACCUCGUUGGGAUCAUUUCCGCCGGUUACGCGUGCGGUACAACCAUACCCGGCAUCUACACCGAUAUCGCGCCUUACAUAGACUGGAUCGAGUCCAUCGUGUGGCCGCAGCAGUAACCCCUCCGCGCUAUGCUGUGCCGUGCUGUGAAAUACGACGCAGCACUGUGUACUAACCAUCGGCACAGUCGCUUAGAAGCGGAGUUACCCUUUUUACCUUUUUCUGCCCUCGGAGGUGAUCACAGAAGCAUCGCUUUGAGCAUCGCCUGGUAGCACGUUUGUGUUACAUUAUUGAUCUUCUGUGAUAGGCUCACUCAACUAAAGACGCCCAAACCUGUUGCAAAACCUUUUUGAUUGAAAUCUUCUGGAUGGAUGAGCUCCUCAAAGCCACUCCGAGCAUUGCUGUAAUUGUGUAGCAUGCAUAUUUUCUAAUAACCAAACCCGAUCGUUUGCAACUCAAAAGUGGUACAUAGAUUGACACAUGUACCACGACCCUUUCCCACCCCGCUGAUCAUAUAUACAGUACAUUUCCGAUAUGGAUCGCUCAUAUGGGUAAACCCUGCUGGUAUUUUAAAAUUCUUAACUCCUCAUGAAAGGUUUGGAAAGUUUCAACCCACUCCUCUGCCGAUGCUGUCUCGGCAUUUAAACGAAUGUGUUAUAACGCUAAAUAGUCUAAGAUGUUUUCAAAAAAUAAACCUAAAAUACCUAGUGGUAAA